CGCAUGGGUGUGUGAAUGUACUUGUCCAGCCACCUCAGUAUAUGUGCAGUAGACAGUAAGGAGAUUCGACACGCUCGUCAGGACAUAAGGCGCCUGGUGCACCAUCUCUGUGGAUCACCAUGGAUAGAGCAACUGCAAUCCUUAUCAUUGUUGCCAGUCUUUUGCAAACCACAGCCGGCCAAAAGAGGAGCAACUGGGAUAUCUACAGUUUUCACAUCAACACCACAGUAACCAGUCGCUAUGCCAUCACAGUAAUCACCAGCCGUGUGGUCAAUCGUCAUGACAACUCCACCGAGAUUGACUUCUACGUGAAGAUCCCUAAAACCGCCUUUAUCAGCAAAUUCAGAAUGACAAUUGAUGGAGAGAUGUAUGAUGGAGUGGUGAAGCAGAAGGAAGAGGCCAAGCGGCAGUACAGUCAUGCUGUAUCACAACGCCAAAAUGCUGCAUUGGUCACUGCUGUAGGCAGAACUUUAGAGGACUUCAAAACAUCAGUGACUGUCGCUGCUCACAGCAAGGUGACCUUUGAACUCACCUAUGAGGAACUGCUCCAACGUCGUCUUGGCAAAUAUGAGCUGCUGAUUAAUGCCCAACCUGGUCAACCUGUCAAAGAUUUCAAGAUUGAUGUCAGUAUUUACGAGAAGCCUGGAGUAAACGUUCUGGGGGUGGAAGGUUCUUUGGCUUCGAAAGACCUGGCCAAUGCUAUCACAAAAACAAGUGCAGAUAAACAGGCAUGGGUAAACUUCUAUCCCACAAAAGACCAGCAGAUGAAAUGUGAUGGCUGUGGAGAGAAUGGACUCAGUGGUGACCUAAGAAUUAUCUAUGAUGUUGAGAGACCACAUUCUAAGGGAGAGAUAAUGGAGUCCGGUGGCUUCUUUGUCCAUUAUUUUGCCCCAACUGAUCUUUCACGCAUUCCCAAAAAUGUGGUCUUCAUUAUCGAUCAAAGUGGUUCCAUGUAUGGCAAGAAAAUGGAGCAGACUCGAACAGCUUUACUGAAGAUCUUGGAAGAUCUUGCUGAGGAUGACCAUUUUGGCCUGAUCUGUUUUGAUGAUAAAAUAUCACCAUGGAAACGUGAACUCCUCAGGGCAACCCAACGGAACCUGGAGAAGGCGAAAGCAUUUGUUAGAACAAUAAAAGACGGAGGAAGUACAGACAUAAAUGCUGCUGUGUUGGAAAGUGUGAAGAUGAUCAAAAAAUAUCACAAAGAAGGCUCAGCCUCCAUGCUCAUACUGCUGACUGAUGGAGAUCCUACCUCAGGUGUGACCGACCUGGGUAGAAUCCAGUCCAAUGUGAGGGAGGCCAUUGGGAAGAAGUUUCCUCUGUACUGCCUGGGUUUUGGCCUUGAUGUGAACUUUGAGUUCCUGCAGAAGAUGGCCCAGGAGAACAGUGGUGUGGGUCGCAGGAUCUAUGAGGACUCUGACGCAGCUCUUCAGCUGAAGGGUUUCUAUGAAGAAGUCGCCAUUCCUCUCUUAACCAGUGUGCAGAUGAAUUACACCGGUGCCACAAACCUGACCCAAACCAUCUUUAGCUAUUACUACAAUGGCUCUGAGAUUGUGGUGGCUGGGCAGAUCACUGAUAACAACACAAAUGACUUCAGUACAGAAGUCAUAGCAAUAUCGAAAAACAGCAAGGUGAUCUACAAGGACAUGAAGCUCACGAAAGAUGAAAAACUCCCUGCAGACUUGAGCAGCCUUGAGAACUUCCUCCAGAGACUGUGGGCCUGCCUCACAGUGAAACAGCUUCUGGAGAAGGAGUUGAUGCUGACUGGUGAGGAAAAGGAGGCAGUGAGGAAGAUGGCUCUUGAUCUCUCUCUCAAGUACAGUUUUGUGACCCCACUCACCUCGAUGGUGGUCACCAAACCUGAGGGCGAGGACACUCAGGUGGCCAACAAACCCAAAGAGGGAGAGAAGCCUCCAAUUACAUCCAGAGGGGGAGAUGAUGAUGAUUAUGGUUUCCGAUCAUCUUCAUACAGUGAUGGUGACAUACAACGCUUUUCUGUUACUUCCCUCAAGAAGCGUAUACUUGCAUCACCUGCUCGUAAUCCCAUACAGAUAGCGCAAGAUAUGUAUCGGGGCGACAGUGGUACAGGAGGUGCAGGAGGUGACAUACAACGCUUUUCCGUUAUGUACGAUUUACCUGCACCACUUACUCCUUAUCGCAGCUCGAUAGAUUUCGAUUAUGAUGAUGUCCCUGAUUCUACACACCACCUUUCAUUAGCAACAGCAGUAUCAGCAACUCUAACACCAGGGACUCCUGUGAGGUUCUUGAUGACUGCUGAAGGUCAAUCUCUCCCUCUCUGCUUUGACAUCCCAGCAGGCCAUUCUGUCCGACUGCUGCAGGACCCUACAUCUGGGCUGUCUAUGAAUGGUGAGCUGAAGUCUUCUGAAGGCUUCAAGAGGAUCAUUAUUCAUGCUGAAGCCAACCAGCACAUUCAGUGUGAUCUCAAUAACAUCACUUUCACUGACGGACAGAGCAGUGUCUCUUUCCUGUGGACACAGACAUCCACUAGUCACAAGACAGACAGCAUGGCUCUGACUCUCAGGGACCAUGAGAUAGAAGUCUCCACUGAAUCUGUGAACGUCAUCAUCUUACUCCACCAAAAGGAUGGAGACAGUUUCCUGUGGCCUGCCGUUAAACAACGGCCAACAAAUGCCGCCUUAAUGGGCAUAAUGGGGAAACAAUAUGUCACAUAUGAAGAAGACCAAUCUACAUCAAAACUGAGGAUUCAAGAUGAGGAGGUGGAUGCGUCAAAGAAUUCUGCAAAGGACCUCAGUAUCAAGACUGCACCCGUGGUGUCAUGCUGGCUUGUAGAGCUGAAGUUUGCCCUACAGGGAGAGCUGUCUGAUUACACAGUUUCUGAGUUGUAAAUUGUAACAUGUAUGCGACCUCCUGUGAAUUGUUGAUCAUUAUCUCCCUUUAGUUCAUUAAUGAAUCAUAACAGAAACAAAGAUGUGAAGUGCCAUUCGAAGCCUAACAAAUAUAUGUCUUAGCCUUUUCUCUAAUCAUCUUUGUCACUUAAAUGCUGCAGUAAAAAAUAACACAAAGCUUCA